AUGCGGAUCCAUCCAAACACAACCCGGCCGGUUAGAGGCUAUGCAGUUCAAUGGCGAUGCAAAUUCAUUCUUCUGUGUAAUCCGAGUAAAUGCUAGCGAAAUCCUCGGCUUCACCUGCUGGAGUAAAUGCUAGAAUUGGCGUUGCAAUUGAAUUGUGGAAUUUGAGGGAUUCACUCAAUGCAUUGCUACAGAUUUUAUUUGAUUUGCGGCUUCCCCAAAAAAAUCAGUCGGCGCUUGGAGAUGAAAUGAAUCACAGUCAAUCGUGUUCUUUGGUUCCAGGUUCAAUUUCAUUUGCUCUAAUUUCCUACAUCAUUAUUAAGGCUGGGUUUGGUUACUUGGGGUUAGGUUCUAGGUUUGGGUUAGAGUGGAUGACAACAACAAAAAUGAUUACGCAUAUUAAAGACAAAAACCUAGAAUGGAAGUGCAAGGUUAGGGUUGUGGAGAAGCGUAAUAUAAAAGAUUCACAGUUUAGUCCCAAUAAGUAUAGACCUUAUAUCUUGCAAGAUCAAGAGGGAACAAAAGUUUUUGCCAUGGCAAACAGCAGAGACAUUGAUCAAGUAGAUCGAGUACUUGAUUUAAAUAAAACUUACAACAUAAGUAAUGCUGUUGUGUUGCCAAGUAAAUAUAAUGUCCCUCCGCCAUCGCCACAUUACAAAUAUAUCUGGAUGCUCAGUAGGCAGACUUAUAUUGAGAAAGCCCCUGAAUCAGAUCAAAUUGAAAUAUUAAAUGGGCAAGAAGAUACAGUAACAACAUUUUAUGACUUCUACAACCUUAUCAGAACUAAGACUCCAAUAAAUUUCAUGGCCGUUGUUCUUGAAAAGAUGCCUAGAGAAUAUAUUUCAGUUCGUGAGACGGCAAAGACAGCAUACGAUUUCACAAUUGUUAAUGAAGACAUGAAACCAAUGCUACUGACGCUAUGGGGCGAUUUUGCCAUUUAUCAAGGGAAGGAAAUCAUAUGUGUGUUGGAUAGUGGCCGAUUCCCAAUAUUUUUGGGGAAGAGGGUUAUUGUCAACAAUUUUAAUGGUGUUUCCCUAUCUACUCGAUUUGAUUCCAUGUUUGAAGUCAAUCCCACGAAUUCAAAAUCUGAAAGUCUAAAAAAAUGGCGAGAUGAUAGCAUUGACCUUUUGAAGCGGUACAUCAACCUGAAGACAUAUAAAAAUGCCUUAAUUGCGCUUGCAUACCCUCCUGGCCAACCGAAGACCAAAGUUGUUGACAUUCCCGAAAUGAAUAUCCAGGAAAAAGGAGUUUGGGUGGAAGUAGAUAUGCGAAUUAUAGACGACGUUGCAAGUUUCUACAUCGGCUGUGACUAUUGUAAUCGAAAAGUCUGUGGGCCAGAAGGGGGAAACUAUAGAUGUUUGGAUUGUGGCAAUCCUCAUGCACGCGCUGAAAAGAAGUACAAGAUUGAAGUUGAGUUGACAGAUGAAACGGGACAAAUAGUAGGAACAAUUUUUGAUGAAGAUUUCAACCGCCUGUUGCAGAUCACAAACACUAUUCAUCGAUCAGGAUCAAUUGACAUUGCUAAACUUCAAGCAAAGCUGGAUGGAAAGAAGUUUUUUUGUGAAGUACGACUUGACAGAAGACAGUUUCCUGGAAAGAGCAAGCAGACUUACACUAUAAAUGGUGUUUGUGAAAAUGUUAAGGUGUCACAGUCAGUGGGCGUACAAGGAAAUGGUUUUGAGCACAAUAUGAGACUGGCACCAGUGAUUACAGAGGAAGUUACUUUGUCUCUAGAAGAAUUGAUCCGCAAACUGAUUGUUGAGGUUGAUGAGGAGCCAAGUGUUGGUGAAGAUGCAUUUGUGUGGCUAGCAACGCUUAUACCGGUGACAGCGGAUGUCGUGAACGCACGCUUUACUUUCGAGACUCUUACAGCUUCUUCUGGCAGUACGCUCCACUAUCCUGCCCACAAUGUGUUCUUGAAACAGAUUGACAAAUGCUUAAGGCAUUUGCAGAAACAAGCCAAACCAACCGGCAUAGAACUCGCGGAAAAUGAGUUUAUACUGCACGUGGAAGGAACCGCGACAUCGCAGAGAGUUGUGCGGCAUAUUGGAGGAACAAGUUGGCCUGGUAGGUUGACAUUGACAAACUAUGCUCUCUACUUUGAGGCUUCUGGAAUCAUUUCAUACGAAGAUGCUCUUAGGCUUGACCUCUCCAAGGACAAUGACCAAAGUGUAAACCCAGUCGCGACUGGUCUAUGGGGUGCUCCUCUCUUUGACAAAGCCAUAGUGUACCAAUCUUCCCAACUGCAAGGUGUUGUCCUAGAAUUUCCAGAAAUAACAAGCUCCACAAGACGUGAACACUGGCUUGCACUUGUGAAAGAAAUUAUGUUGCUUCACAAGUUCAUGAUGAAUUUCGAGGUCCAAUCCCAGGUAGAAUCAUGGGAAAUGCAUGCCAGAAUAAUAUUAGGAAUAAUAAGGCUUCAUGCUGCUAGGGAAAUGCUAAGAAGUUCACCUCCCCUCCCCAAAGGCUUCUUAAUCUUCAACUUGCUAGAUGAGCUACCCAAAGGUGAUUAUGUCCUUAAAGAGCUUGCAGGGAGUUUGAAGAUGCACAAUAUUUAUCAUCCAUGCAGUGCAAGCUCAAUCUUGAAGACUGUUAGUGUCUCCCAACCAUCAACAUCCUCUACAGAGACAGAGAUGAUAAUGGAUGAUGCCAAGGGAAGCAGCAGCCCCUUAUUAGCUCUGCCUGAAAAUGUUUCAUCCCUGGAGGAUGCAAUUUUUCAAGCAAGGGAGGAAGAAAAAGAAAUAAACGUUGCUAAAGCUACCGUUCAGGGAGUCAGAGAAGAAGGAAUUGCUCACAAUAUUCUGGCUCUUCAAGGUCUUGUCAAACCAUUUGGAGCCUUGGUGCCUCGUUUCCAAGAGAUUAUCGCACGGGAAAAGGCCAAGAACCACUUCCAUGGUUCUUGUGAUAACCCUUCUAAUAAUAUACAUGCCAGUCUUAUAAUUAAGUUCUGAUCCCUUUUUAUUUACUUAUAGAGUAUAACUAUAAGCUGUACGUAAAAUUAGCAAUUUGGAAAUGAAAUGUAGGGAGUGGGUUGGCAAGGCAAUGGCAGCAUUUAUACUAUGGGUAGUUGCAGGAAGAAUUCGAUGACGUUCAGAAGCCUUCUACUUUGCCAUCCCGAACGCCAAGAGAAAUGAAUGAACUGGAUGAUAAAAAGAGCAAAAACGGAGUUGCUGCAGUUUAUGAGGUUCACUUUUUUAGGUUUUCUGUUCUAAAGAUAGUGCUACACAUGAGGAAUAUGUUCUGAAGGCUGGGCAUGUUUCAAAUGCUAUGUCUUUUUCUGAUGACCAAAAGAAAUAGAGGCCAGAUGUUUUUGUUGAAGCAAAGAUUCUUGUGAUAAUAAUGACUUAAACCUGUCUUCUUGAUUAGACCUAUUCUCAUCCGAAAAUAAUAUGGUUCGAAGCCAAACCCUGUUUCUUUACCAAGCUUUUUCCACAUUAAAAUACUAGACAUAUUAUUUGUUAAUGAUUUUUACGCCGCAGGGGUAAUCCAUGCAAUACGUUAUAAUACAAAAAAGCAGGAAAUGGUGACAUGUUCAGAUUCUCCCUUCAAGCAAAGCAAGGCAUUCUUGAAAAGCACAAUCACUGCUCAUCAGAAUUUUAUCACUUCCUGCGUUAAAGAUUGGGGACAAUAGCAAACAAGGGAAGCAAAAGUUGAUUCAUCAGGAACAGAGCUAUGCCGCAAACGCGGAGUCAAAAGUCAAAACGUGAAAGAUUAGAUCAAAGAAACUUCAGGCGCAGAUUAGCUUACAACGAAAAAGCAAAUGAGGCAGAAGCAACAACAUCCCUACACACUGAAGGAGUCCCGCAAAAGAAACCUCGAGGACGACCACGAAACCAAUCAAGACAAACAACAGAAGGAUCAUCAUCAGGAAACAGCCAGCCAACUAUCCCAAGAGAGAUAAACUCGUACAGCAACACAGAGCAUAUUGCUACAUACCAGUUACAGGCGGCGCCAGACUGCGUGUACUGUGGAGCACAACGUUUCAUAAAUGAACCACCAACAUUUUGCUGUGCAAAAGGCCAAAUAGUACUUUCAAAUCCGGCUACUCCAUCAGUGUUAAAAGAUCUAUUCUCUGGCACAAAUGACGCAUCAAGACAUUUUCAAACAUGCGUCAGAACAUACAACAACACUUUCGCCUUCACUUCAAUUGGAAUUCAUAACUAUGAUGCAAGCCUAUGUCGCAGAAAUAAAGGCAUUUACACAUU